CGAACGUGCGGGCGGGGCAGGGUGGUGGCCCGGCGGGGCAGGGGUGCGGAGUGGGCCGCUCUGGGUCGAGGGGCCGUGCUCCCGGGAGUUGCGCCGGCUUGCGUGGAAGGAACGGCGGGAGGUGCCGCCGCUGCGGCCGCCUCCUUGUCGGGAAGAAGCGACUCCUCCCCUGCUGUGCCCGGUUGGUAUUCCCUACUCCCGGCCCUGAGCCGUCCAGUCCGGAAUCCUCUGCCCGCCCAAAGUUGUGAGGGGGCGGCCGAUGCGCGUGGGGAGCGGCGGCUGCGGGCGUGAGGAGGGACGAGCCCCGAAGCCCCAGGAGAAUGUGUGUGUGUCCCGGGCCCAGACGAAUUGGAACCCCAGUCAGAAGUUCCAGCCUGCCUGUCUUCUCUGAUGCCAUGCCAGCACCAGCUCAACUGUUUUUCCCUCUGAUCCGUAACUGUGAACUGAGCAGAAUCUAUGGCACUGCGUGUUACUGCCACCACAAACAUCUCUGCUGCUCACCCCCUUACAUUCCUCAGAGUCGCCUGAGAUACACGCCCCAUCCGGCAUAUGCUACCUUCUACCGGCCAAAGGAGAGCUGGUGGCAGUACACGCAAGGAAGGAGAUAUGCGUCCACACCGCAGAAAUUUUACCUCACACCUCCACAAGUCAAUAGCAUCCUCAAAGCUAAUGAAUACAGUUUCAAAGUACCAGAAUUUGAUGGCAAAAAUGUCAGUUCUGUCCUUGGAUUUGAUAGCAAUCAGCUGCCUGCGAAUGCUCCCAUCGAGGACCGGAGAAGUGCAGCAACCUGUUUGCAGACCAGAGGGAUGCUUUUGGGGGUUUUUGAUGGCCAUGCAGGCUGUGCUUGCUCCCAGGCAGUCAGUGAAAGACUCUUUUAUUAUAUUGCUGUCUCUUUGUUACCCCACGAGACUUUACUAGAGAUCGAAAAUGCAGUGGAGAGUGGUCGAGCACUGCUCCCCAUUCUCCAGUGGCACAAGCAUCCCAAUGAUUACUUCAGUAAGGAGGCGUCCAAAUUAUACUUCAACAGCUUGAGGACUUACUGGCAAGAGCUUAUAGACCUCAAUGCUGGGGAGUCAAGUGAUAUCGAUGUUAAGGAGGCCUUGAUUAAUGCUUUCAAGAGGCUUGAUAACGAUAUCUCCUUGGAGGCUCAAGUUGGUGAUCCCAAUUCUUUCCUCAACUAUCUGGUGCUUCGAGUGGCGUUUUCUGGGGCCACAGCUUGUGUGGCCCAUGUGGAUGGCGUUGACCUUCACGUGGCCAAUACUGGCGAUAGCAGAGCCAUGCUGGGUGUGCAGGAAGAGGACGGCUCUUGGUCAGCAGUCACUCUGUCUAAUGACCACAAUGCCCAGAAUGAAAGAGAAGUGGAACGUCUGAAAUUGGAGCACCCAAAGAAUGAGGCCAAGAGUGUGGUGAAGCAAGAUCGGUUGCUUGGCUUGCUGAUGCCUUUUAGGGCUUUUGGAGACGUAAAGUUCAAGUGGAGCAUUGACCUUCAAAAGAGAGUGAUAGAAUCUGGCCCAGACCAGUUGAAUGACAACGAAUAUACCAAGUUUAUUCCUCCUAACUAUUACACGCCCCCUUAUCUCACCGCUGAGCCAGAGGUAACUUACCACCGAUUAAGGCCACAGGAUAAGUUCCUGGUGUUGGCAACUGACGGGUUGUGGGAGACAAUGCAUAGGCAGGAUGUGGUUAGGAUUGUGGGUGAGUACCUGACGGGCAUGCAUCACCAACAGCCAAUAGCUGUCGGUGGCUAUAAGGUGACUUUGGGGCAGAUGCAUGGCCUUUUAACAGAAAGGAGAGCCAAGAUGUCAUCAGUCUUUGAGGAUCAGAAUGCAGCAACCCAUCUUAUCCGCCAUGCUGUGGGCAACAACGAGUUUGGGGCUGUUGACCAUGAGCGCCUCUCCAAAAUGCUUAGCCUUCCUGAAGAGCUUGCUCGGAUGUACAGAGAUGACAUCACAAUCAUUGUAGUUCAGUUCAAUUCUCAUGUAGUAGGGGCAUAUCAAAACCAGGAGUAGGGGGUGCGUCUUACCUGGGCAGUUCUCAAAUGACACUGAUUUAAAGGGCAGAGAGAUUUUUAAAAGAUGCCAAUAUAAUAAACAUUUCCAGUGGGUCAUCUAAGCUUUUCCCCGUUUGAUACUCUAGCGAGUCAAGUUAGUCCACAGUGACUUUGCAGCAGGGCAGCAGGGUCCUCAGAGUCUGGUUCUGCUUAGCUCAGACCUCACAGCACCUGCAGUUGAGGAACAUUACUUCCUUUCUGCAGAUGUCUUGUGACCCGGGCUUCUUUUAUCAGUCCGAGAAGAUCAGGAUGACCUGGCAGAAAGGAUCUGGAAUAGGCCAAAAGCAAGGAUCUUGCUGGGCAUGUUCUCCUGGUAAAAGGAAAAAACAUCACCUACAUUCACACCUACAGAUCCCUUUCAUCACCAAGAUUCCAGUGUACAUGAGAAUAGUUAUUUAUUGCAUGAUUUCCUAGAUAUACAAUCUAUGCAUUAUUCAUAUAAAUAUAUUUUAACCUGAAGUAGUUUUCAAAUCCAGUACUUUAAGCCAUAAAUGACCGAGAACCAAGCAAUCUGAAUUUGUAUGUGUGAUUAUUUGACGGGAAUGCUUCUUAAAUGGAAAAACAAACACUGCUCCCUUCCCUACCCCUGCUUACCUAAUGUAAUUGAAACAUUUUCUAUUUUGCCACACACUUGAAGACAAUAAAGGUUUUUAGUUUUAUCCAGUCUUACUGAUGUUAGGAAAAAAGGAUUUCUUUUAAGUUUGUAUUAAUGAAAAGCUUUAUUUAGUUUAAAAGAGGAAGAUCCAGAAUAAAGAGAAGAGACUGAUGUCUUCAGUUAUUGUCAUCUAAAGCCCCCAGCACAUCAGUCUCAUCAUGUAAUUCCCCAAAGCUUGGCAGGCUCUAAGUGUAUGGUGGGUAGACUGCUGCUGAGAAAUCAUACUUCUAAUUUAGUAGUGGUAAGAAUUCUCAUCACUUUUGGAAUUGUAAGGGUGACAUACAUAAAAUAUAUUUAAAUAUAUAGUUUGGGGGAAGUAAGGUUUAAUUUUACCUUCAGGUGUGAGAUGGAGAGGAAGUUUUUGUUUUUCCCCACUUAGAUGUAGGUCAAUUAAAAUAAUUGGUUUAAAAACUGCUAAAUGCUUUAUACAUAAUGUAGCUUAUAAAUAGGAAUGUUAAGAUAUACAUGUGAGAAAUUUUUAAAGAUAACUAUUGUGCAUGCCUGAUGCUUAAUGGAACACUUCGUAGCAUCAAGUAUUGUUUGCAGCAGUCUCCAUAAUUAUAUGCAGUCCCUUCCAAUGCUGUAUCAAAGUAAAUGGAAAAAAAAAUUCAAAUUGGCUUUUUGGGAGCUUAUUUGAUAUGCAUCAAGUGGCGUUUUGUUCCUGUGUUUAAUGGUGAUCCAUGUACAGCUGUGCAUAUAUUUUCAUCACUAAUUCUAGCAUCAGUAUUAAAAGAAUGGCUAUGACUAUAUUUGAUUUUUCACAUAGAUUUUAAUACAAAACAUGAUCAGUUUCCCUGUGUUAUUAGUCAAGGGGUGUUUAGGAGUCCUUUAGGAUUUCUGUCAAAUAUUAACUGGAUAUUCAAGGAUUUCCUCUGGACUGUGGACACUGAAGUGAUGCAGAAUUGGCUGCAAAAAAUUUGUUCCAAUUGAAAAUAGACUCAGGAAGAUCACAGCUCAGAACAUCAUAUAAUGUUUGUUUUCUGAGGCCUAUUUUUUUUUUUUCUUUUUUUAUCCCCUUUAGUCAGCUUGGAACUUUUUUCCCAGGCAGUAUUCUGGAAGGGGAAAGCUAUUGUACCAUACAUUUAUUUAUAAAUGUUUUGACAGAGACUUCAUCUUCUAAUGAAAUAUAUGUAGAAUGCAGUAGCAAUUAAAACUCAUUUUCCGGCAGUAUUUAAAUUUCUCUUGAAGACCACUACUGAAGAGUUCCAUGUUAUACUUAAAACUUCAUCUCUGUGUAGUGCAGUAUGUAUACCGUGGUCAUGACCAAGACGGUAAUUCUUAUUAUUACACAAGAAAUUUGGUCUGCAGUCCAAAAGCCUGUCUACUCUCUGUAGAAAUGAAAAUGGAAUGUGGAGUCGAUAGUGUGGAAACCAGAAUAAUUGAAUGUUAGAAAUCUGAAUGUACUGUCAUCGAAAAGAAAUUGUGAGUUUGUUGUAAUUGGUUGUCACUGUGAUGUGAUAUCUAGAAUUAAAAAUGUGUGAACUUUCAUGGUAUUUAGCCUUUCUUAAACUUUUUAAAAUUUAAAUUUUCUAACAUAUGUAUCACUUCUAUAUUUAAUCAAUGGCUCAUGGUAUUUAUAAUAUGCCCUUAACUAGUUAAUGGAGUGGUGUUAUGGUACACAGUACUUGGAGAAAAAAGCUGUCUUAUGAAAGAUGUAUCUGUGUGAAGAAAUGUGAAAAGUUUAUAUAUAGAGAGAAUGGUCAGAGAAAUGCCCACAGUGAAUUAAAGCUUCAUAUCUGCUUUCUGAA